AUGAAGGGAUAUAUAAUGAGGAUUAUUAUUUCUAAUAUUGCAGCAUUUAUACUAUUUAUGCGGAUGUAUAGCCCUCAUAAUGAUUCGUUUCCUUCGGAUUAUAAAAUAGGAUAUUCAUAUAAUACUGAAAUAAUAUCGGACAUAAGAUUUCAGAGAUCAUUAGCAGAACAUGAGAUUCAAAAGGAAUUGGACCAAUCAAAAAUGCAGGAUGAAACAUUAGAAGGCAGCCCAUAUAACAGUGCUAAAUGUGUUUCAGAUGAUUUAUCGGAGUAUGAACAGAUGCAGGAGAGUUUUUUGAACGAUUUAGGAAUUUAUACAGAACAACCUAAACAUAAGUAUACUAAGGGGAAAUGUUUAAAAAGACUAGAUGGUUAUUUUGAAAAAAAAAUAUUUGAUCUGAUUGAUAGAACGGGUGAACAGCAAGUAGGGACUAGUAGCUUUAAGACAAAACUAAAAGAAAGUACAGUUAGAAAAUGGGGUAAACGAACUAUUGCAAUGUGUUUAGUUCUACUGCUUGGAACAAUAUUGCCGAUUUUUGUUAGAAUCUGUGGCAACAUAACUCAUUUGCUAGCUAAAGUCCUAUAUGGGAUAUAUGGUAUUUUUUUUAUAAUAUUAACAUUUAUAAUUAUAUUUUUGGUCAUUUACAUCAUGACAAAAGUUGUAAAAUAUCACAGAUUAGAAGCUGGAAGGGGUAAACUGAAAUUUAAGGAAUAUUGUGUGCUUUGUAAAGAUAUAUUUUUUCCUUAA